AUGCCCAGUGUUCGUCCCCAGGAACACUGGCAGUCUGUGAUAUGUCGUGGCCAGCCGGUCACCCUGUCCAGGGCAGCUCACGAUCUCGUGCAGGCCAGUUCCUCGUACGGCACGCCUUCAGACCUCAGCCCAGUGACACCAUUCUCCUCUGCCAGCUCUGAAUCAGCCGAGGCUUCUAUUUCACGCGCCUCCACGCCCAGUUUCCGCAAGUCAGCAGUGAGACCUAAGGACGUCAUAAAGCGUCUUCAAGCCAAGGUCUCGCGCUACAGGAAGGCCAUCACAAGACUGCGGAAGCAAGAGCAGAAGGCGCCUCAGACAGCUACAGAAGCCCUCGCCAUGAUUCGCCCUCAUGUCACUGAGGAGGUAUUCCAGCUGGUGUCAAGUCAUAUGAAACUGAGGCGUAAUGUCGUCUAUCUCGACCAAGACGCAGUCGUGGAAUGA